AUGUACACAAACCUCGUCUUCCUGGGCGUCAUCGUCGUGGUCUUCAGUAAACCCUGGUACAAGGGCCGUAUCGUGGGAGGCUUCGUGGGUCAGCUCUUGGUGCUCGCUUUCGUACCCACUUCGUAUUUCUUCCUCACGUCCGAGAACGCCAAUGCCUCCGCAGUAUUGGGUGGCACGGCUGUGGCCUCCAUUGCCACUGCAUUCAUUGACAGCUCCACCAUCGCGCUGGUAUCGCACUAUCCCCGACGAGUACAAGAGAGUUUCCAGCUUGGAGUCGGACUUAGUACGCUCAUCGGCAGUCUCUAUCGAGACCUGACCAAGCUCGUCUUCCCGUCUAAUGAACUGUUAGCGUCCUCCCUCAUCUACUUUUAUACUGGAGCGCUCACGAUUGCGCUCUGCAUCGCUGCGUUCUACAAGGUCAUGAACCUAAAGAUCACUACAAAGUACUUGCUCCGCAAGGCAGACAGCAGCGUGGAGCUGACGGAGCGCUCACCGCUACUUGCAGAGACGCGGCAGUCAGAUAGUGACUCGCUCAGUGUAACUGGGCCUGCACCGACCAAGUGGACGGUACUGAAGAAGGUGUGGCACUUGGAGGCGCUGAUCUCGAUGGUCUUCCUCGCUAGUCUAUCAGUCUGGCCGCCACUUGUUACAGAGAUCAAGACGUUCAACUUCCCGUCGCUACAGGAGAGUGGCUGGUGGUCACUGAUCCUGCUCACACUCUUCUCCAUUAGCGACUGUGCGGGGCGAUUUAUUGUGAAUCAUCGCUUUGGCCUCACGCCCAGCAACGUGUGGAUCCCGAUCAUGACGCGGUUCAUCUUGGUCCCGAUCAUCAUCGGCAUCGUCAAAGAGUGGUGGCUUCAAAGUGACAUUUGGUCGGUGCUUAGUGUGCUGAUUCUCGGGUUUGGAAAUGGCUACCUGGGGACGUUGACCAUCAUCUUCGUGAGUGAAAGUGUCCACAGUGACGAGCAGCACCUUAUUGGCCCCUUUACGAGUUUCUUCUUGAACUUUGGUCUCGUAUUGGGGUCGACAGUGGGUCUCGUUCUGGAAAAAGUGGUGCUGGGAUAA